GACAAAGACCUUUUACAAAAAUAUGGUUCUGAGAAGUUUGACAUAACUCCACCAGAAAAGAAGAAGAAGAGAGAAAAGAAAGAAAAGAAAGAAAAGAAAGUAGAAGAGAAGAAAGUAGAAGAAGAGAAGAAAGAACCUGAACCAGAGCCAGUUCCAGAGAAAAAGAAAUUUGACAUGUAA